CACAUGUAAAAUAAAAACAGUUGUUGUUGUUUGUAAUUGAAAGCAACAGCAGCGACGUAUGUAGCUACGAAUUUAUUGAUAUUACACAUUAUGAGCGGUGGCGAGCAUUAUUAAAGUUUAAAUGAAUAUGAUGAUGACAGUUGAUGACGGUAGCGUGUAGCGUAAACAACAAGGUAGCAGCUAGGCCAGCAAGCGAGCAACUCUAGCCAGCGAACAAUCGAACAACCGAGCGUGUGAGCAAUCAACAACAUUAAAACGGUACCUACUACCUAUAUCACAUACUAAACGCCGGCGGUUAAUACAAAAAGCGCAAGGCUCACGCGACUGUCUAAAUUCUAAAAAAAAAAAAUUAUAAAAAUUAAUAAAGGAAAAUUCGCGAUUUUUUUUUAAAUCUCCUAAAACGAGUAUUUACUGCAUACUACAAAUAAAAAAAAAUGCAGCUUUAAAAAAUUUUUCCAAUUUAAAAAAAAAAUAUUAAAAAUUAAAAUUAAAAAAAUUUAAAAUUUGGUACUACACCCGCGCUUAACUAGCAACAAGCAAUUGGAGAAGCGCGCUUAAAUUUUUACCAAUUUUAUCUCACCUACAAAAAAAAAAAAACACUCAACGUGUCAAUGUCGCGCCUAAUACACAUCGCCGCAACAAGAAGCUACGCCUUCCAGUCGCAUUCAAAAACGCGGUUUGCGAAAAACUAAAUCAGACUUGUAAUGGCAAAUGAAAUCGUCUGCGUUUAAAUUUUGUGUGCUGGAAAUCAUUUUAUUUCCCGUUCGAGCUGGAUGCUAGGCUUAAAAAUAAAAUACAUAUAUAUACAUAUUUUUUAAAUGAAAAAUCAUAUAUCAACUGUUUUGUGUGAAAUGCGUAGUGAUUUCAAAGAUAAUCAUCAAGAAACGAUCAAUAAAAUGAUACAAUUUGGCACCGUUAAAUAUGGAAUCGUCAAACAGCUGAAAGAUCGUGCGCGUAGCGCUGAAAAAGAUGAUACAAGCGAUCAGGAGGAGAAUGGUGCUUGCUGUUCACCCAUUGCUAGUCAAGAAGUGGCUAGUAACAAUACAACAGACCCUGCUACAACAGCAACAACAACAAUGACAGCUUUGGAUGUGCUUGCUACGCCGUUGCACAGCGCAAUUGGCAAUGAUUUGUCCGUUGCGGCGGCACAAGCGCAAGAUUGCACACAAAGCGCAGCCGAUGUGGCUGAAAAUAGCACAACAACAGAAGCCGAUACGGCUGCUGCCGCUGCUGCUGCUGCGCACGACGUUGCGCUCAACGAAGAUCACAAUCACAACAACACCAGAAACAGCAACAGCAAUAGCAACAGCAGCGCCAAUAGUGUUUUGAUGUCCGGUGCAUCGCCAACGCGACUAGAACAAGCGCGCGGCACAACGCCUGUGGAGCGCUUACUACAGCUGAAAUCGCUUGCCGAUGCGGCGGUGGUAGCGAAAACAAUGGCAGGUGGCGACAGCGCAGCGUCAGCAAUUAGCGCUGCCGGUUCACCAGCAUACAACACAUAUCCGGCAGAUAACGCUUGUGUUACAAACAACAGCAAAUUUGAUUCACCCACACACAUGGAUGCGGAGAAGCAAGCGAGAGCGCAGCUUUAUGUGGCAGUAGGCGCUGCGAAAAAGCGGCGCGCGUCAGCGAUGGAAGAUGAGGACAACAAUGGGAAUGACAAUGAAGAAGCAGAUGGAGAUGGAGCGGAAGAAGCGCAAGUAAAACCAGCUACAGAAAGAUUGGCGGUGAAGCAGCUAACCAGCGAAUCGCCAGCUAAUUUAGCGACACCAAAGACCAGUGGCUCGGUGAGCAGCAAUGCAGUGGCUGCUGGCGAGUCAGAUGACAACUUAGCAAAGCCCAUUUCUGCAUCACUAACGCCCACCUCAAGCGCGCUCGCCGCCGCUAGCGCAUUGCCACAAGCCGCUGCAGCCGCUGCCGCUUUUGGAGCUGCGCCCGUCAAUUUGGAAGCCAUACAGAAUAUGCAAAUGGCUAUCGCGCAAUUUGCGGCCAAGACGAUAGCGAAUGGCGCGCAGGGUGGCGAUAAUGAUGCAGCGAUGAAACAAUUGGCAUUUUUGCAGCAAGCGCUUUUCAAUUUGCAACAACAACAACUCUUUCAAAUACAACUCAUUCAACAGCUGCAAUCACAGCUGGCCAUGAAUCAGCCGAAGGGGUCGAGCGAUGGAGCAGAAGCUGGCGACUGUGAGGAAAUGGAAGAGGAACGCGAAGAUGGCGAGGAGGAUACGUAUGAGGAGGAAGAGCGCAUUGCCGAGAUGGAAUUGCGUCAGAAGGCGGAGGCGCGCAUGGCUGAAGCAAAGGCGCGGCAGCAUCUUAUUAAUGCUGGUGUGCCGCUGCUUGAUGAAAACGCCGGCGGUACGACAAAGCCAAGUACCUCAGGCGGAGCGAGCGGUUCCUCCGGCGCGGCAGAGUCACUCAAGCGCAAGCGCGAGGAUGAUGAGGAUGCGGACGCCUUUAGCGUUGCUACCAGACGCAUGAGCGUAGAGGUGACGACGCGUGCAAGCGCAGAAGGCGCGCGUUUGAGCGAACAAAUACCAACAUCAUCGGAUGCGCUGAGCAAACUGAAAGCGCUCGAGAAUAUGCCGCUGCCCUACGGUUCGGAUUUGGCGUCGACCAUUAUUACCAAUCACGAUGAUCUGCCCGAGCCCAACUCGCUGGAGAUGUUGCAGAAGCGCGCGCAAGAGGUGCUGGAUUCCGCCUCGCAAGGUAUACUCGCGAACAAUAUGGCCGAUGAGUUUGCGUUUCGUGAUAAAAAUGGCGAUGGCAAGAAUCGAAAUGAGCCAUUCUUUAAGCAUCGUUGCCGCUACUGCGGCAAAGUGUUCGGCUCUGAUUCGGCGCUACAAAUACACAUACGUUCCCACACUGGCGAGCGUCCAUUCAAGUGCAACGUCUGCGGCAGCCGCUUCACCACCAAAGGUAAUCUGAAAGUGCACUUUCAGCGACACGCACAUAAGUUCCCGCAUGUACCGAUGAAUGCCACGCCCAUACCCGAGCACUUGGACAAGUUCCACCCACCGUUGUUGGAUCAAAUGUCGCCGGAUAGUUCGCCGACGCAUACGCCGGCAGCGUUGCCACAACAAAUGCCCCAACAGAUGCCGCCAGUAUCGCUGCCGUUACCUUUUCCGCCAGGCGCUGCCUUUCCCGGACUUCCCGGUCUGUAUCGGCCGCCAAUGGAGCUGCUGAAGUCGUUGGGCAACGCGGGUUUCCCAAAUCCAUUCUUUCCGCAUAUGCCGCCAGUUGGGCAGUCACGCGCGGAAACGCCAGCGACUCGGCAUGCAUCCAAGGAGAGUAAUCAGGAUAUGCCAACUGAUUUGCGUAAGUCCUCGGCAUCUAAUUCACCCGGACUGCCAGUCAAGACUGAAAUCACAGAAGAGGAGAAAAAAGAAGUUCGAGCGGAGGCGCAAAAAGCUACCAAGUCACGGCCGUCGGAAAGUGCAAAUGUUGCCACACCGCAGGACGCAGCGCCGGCCUUGGACAUAAAAAUCAAAGAGGAACGAAUCGAUACGGAUUCGCAAGACGAAGAGAUGGAACGCGCAGACACACCACCUGCACAGCGUGCGACGACACCUGCACGUACCUCCUUAUCACCAUCUCAAAGAUGCGCCAGUGCGCCCUUCACACCUCCAACACCCACAUCCAGGCCAUUGACGAUGCCACCUGUUGUACAGCCAGCGCAACCACCCAUGUCUAGGCAUCCGCAUCCCUCGCCGGGCGCCCACAACCAUAUUGAUCACCUGCCCACACCCGGUCAGCUGCCGCCAUCUUUGCAUCACCGCGAUGACUUCUUUGCCGAACGCUUUCCACUGAAUUUUACCAAAAAUCUUUCGCCCGAACACCAUUCGCCCAUACGCUCACCCGCGCACCUACAACGCUCGCCAUUCUUCAACCCCAUCAACCACGAGAUGGCGCUGCUACCACGCCCCCACAGCAAUGACAAUUCGUGGGAGAACUUCAUCGAGGUUUCGAACACCUCGGAGACGCUGAAACUGAAGGAGUUGAUGAAGAACAAGAAGCUCAGCGACCCAAACCAGUGCGUCGUAUGCGAUCGUGUGUUGUCAUGCAAGAGCGCGCUUCAGAUGCACUACCGCACGCACACUGGCGAACGCCCAUUCAAGUGCCGCAUUUGCGGACGCGCUUUCACCACCAAAGGUAAUCUGAAAACCCACAUGGCAGUGCACAAGAUCCGGCCACCCAUGCGCAAUUUCCACCAAUGUCCCGUCUGCCACAAAAAGUACUCGAAUGCGCUGGUCCUACAGCAGCAUAUACGGCUGCAUACCGGCGAGCCGACUGAUCUCACACCCGAGCAAAUACAAGCAGCCGAGAUACGUGAUCCACCACCGUCAAUGAUGCCGGGCGCCUUCAUGAAUCCCUUCGCAGCCGCGGCUUUCCACUUCGGCGCCAUGCCAGGCGCUGGCGCCGCCAUGAGUCACCUGGGCCCACACAAUGGCACACUCGGCUCGGAGUCAUCGCAGGGCGACAUGGAUGAUAACAUCGACUGCGGCGAUGACUUCGACGAUGAUAUAUCCUCAGAGCACAUGUCCAGCGCGCACGACUUGGACGUCGGCGAUCGACCGAAAUCCAGCGAUGACUUCAAAGGCUUGCUCUUCGAACAAAAGCUGCGCAUCGAUGCCACCGGUGUCGUGAACACCACACCGCGUCCGCGUUCGACUGCCAGCAAUGCCAACUCGGUAAACUCGGCGCCAACCAGCCCCAGCUCGGGCGCGCCGCGUCACUGCUCCACACGCACCAGCUCGCCUGCGCGCUCCAUGUCCGAAGCAUCACAAGGUGCUCUAGAUCUAACGCCACGCGCCAUGCCCAUGCAACAAAACAACAGCAGCAACAGCUCACGUUCGCCAGCGCUGACGUCUGCAGCUCCUCAAGCUGUGGUGGGGGGUCGCAAAUCGCCCACGCCACCGGUGCGCAACAGCAGCGCCAAUAGCAGCACAGCACGAAGCCCCACAUCGGCGCCGACUCAAAAGUCGCACCCACAACUGAGUCCCGCAGCGGCGCUUACCUCACCGCUGGUACCCCCAUCGGCUGUCGACUGCCUGCCGCCGGUGCUGCAUCACCAUCUGCAGCAGCAACACCAGCAUCUAAUGCAACAGCAAGCGGUAGCAGCAGCGGCGGCGCAUGCGCAAGCUCAAGCGCAGCACCAUCAUCAACAGUUGCAGCAGCAUGCCGUCGCUUUGCAUGCCGAACAGCUAAGGCGCGAACACCAAAUCAAGCAAGAGCAGCAUCAGGCGGCGCAUCAGCAACAUAUGCGCCAACAACAACAACAGCAGCAGCAACAGGAAGCGGCGCAUGCGUCGGCACAUUCACCGCAUCAGCUUUCGUUGCCGCCACCACACUUGGCGCAUCAUCUGCAACAACAGCAGCAGCAUCAACAGGCGGCGGCGGCGGCGGCGGCGGCAGCAGCAGCGGCGGCGCAACAACAACAGCCCGCAGGCUCGCUACCACCACAGGGACCACAGCCACCCAAUCCAUUGGUUGCAGCGCGUCCGCCCUUCGGCAUGUUUCCCAACCUGCCGCUCUUCCCGCCGGCCACAGCGCAAACGAUGUGCUCGGCAAUGAAUACGAUUGCGCAGUCGGUAAUGCCGGCGGCACCGUUCAAUCCACUUGCACUUUCCGGCGUGCGAGGGAGCACCACCUGCGGCAUCUGUUUCAAAACAUUCCCCUGUCAUUCAGCUUUAGAAAUUCAUUAUCGCAGUCACACUAAGGAGCGACCAUUCAAGUGUACAAUCUGUGAUCGCGGUUUUACUACAAAGGGUAACCUCAAACAGCAUAUGCUGACACAUAAAAUACGGGAUAUGGAGCAGGAAACAUUUCGGAAUCGUGCUGUAAAGUAUAUGAGUGGCUGCAAAGAAGGCUAUGAGUAGUGAGACCAUUGCGUUCGCUUAGAAAAUACCAAGCAGCAAGCAGUUUAAAUGAAAAAAAUAAAUAAAAAUUAAAAAUAAAAUGAAAAACAUUGCAGUUAAACCUGGUCCACGCUACCACUAAUUUACUACCCACAAAAGUCACCAAAUUAUGAAGGGUGCGCGCUCUCUGCUGCGUCUUACUAUGCACCUCGUCGCUCAGAGUGCUGCGUUUGCCGGUUUGCCGCUGGCGACUUUUUGGUUGGAAUGUACGCGUAAGUUAUGAGCUUAACUAAGUUUUUUUUGUUUUUAAAUCUCCAUGUAAAUAUUGUAUGUU